AAGAGGUGAUCAAAGACGGAGCUCACAACAUGAAGCUGUGCAUUGUGCUUAGCACAGGAGCUCUAGAAAAGCUUUAAGGAUGAGGAAUGAAAAUAAAAGUUUUAUUAAGUCAUUUGACCAUAUCAAAUCAAAUUAAAAGAUGCUAGUUCCCCUCUUGGAAAAAGACUCUUCCACACUUGGUGGACACCACCUAUUGAUCCCCAGAGGUCACAUUUGUGUUCAACAAUAGCUAUCUACUUGCCAUCAAUCUUAGCUGUGAUCUUGCCCUUACAGCAAGAGGCCUGAGGCAGGUUUCUGGACUGAUCAUCUUUAGCAAUCCUAGCUCUGUUUCUGCUCGGUUGCCUAGAGUGGGAUCUUGUUUCACUCUUGCUGGCUUUCUGCUCCCCAGCACAUGCUGGGGGUGGCAGACCAGAAAGACGCAGCAGGAGAGACAAUUGGAGACCAUGUAAUUGUUUCACUUGGUUGGGAUGGCAGCAUCUGGGCCACCCAAUCUCUUCGUGGGGGAGAUGGGAGCUAGGGAGCUUCCAAACCUCCUUUUGCCUGGAUCCCGGGUGGAACAGACAAGCAGUGUGACAUGGCAGCAGAACACGGCCGGCAACUGGACACGCCUGGAAGGGUCUGCUGCUGGCUCAGAAACCACAUCCAGGGGUGCUGAGGCCCAGCCUGUCACCACUUUGCGGGUUACAAACCCCAGCAAAACCGCUGGAAACCAGCAGCACCUACACCGGGAGUUGCUGUUCACCCAUCGCAAAGGCCUGAGCCUUCGAUCAAAGCCGGAGCUACUCCAGGUUCUAGAGCAUCGGAACCGGCGCCGCGAUGGGACAGAGAGUGGCUUGAAACCAUCCCCCCUUGAGCAGGAGCUUCUGCGCUGGCAGCAGAGACGGGAACAGCAUCAACAGCAGGAAGCAACAGGAGAUCCUGGUGAGAGCCAACCAGAGUUCGUAAAGGUCCGGGAGAAAUUACGAAGGACACAGCAACGGGAUCCCUCUCCCCAGCAUGCAUCCCCUUCCUUGAUAUCUGUUCCUUUCCCACGCCUUCAUCACCCCAACAGGAAGCCCUCCCAGUUCCCAGUCAAGCACCCUCCUGUAGCCCUACAGGCUGCGGCUUCACAUCCUCUGAGUUCCCUCAAAGCUUCUAGUCUUCCCUCCGCCCCAUCAAAACAUUCCCUUGCCAAUGAUACAUGACUGCCUCCCUCACAUGCCCCUUCUACCAUGAAUGCUUCAUCAGGUGGUUCAACACAUAACACCAAGCUGCAAUGUGUUCAUGUUGAGGUGAGAGGCUUAUUCAACAAGCUUGGUUUAAAAACUUGGCUUAGCAUCACAUAGGAAUGCAGCUCCUCCCUCCUGUUCUUCCAGAUUGGGGGAGGGAAUCUCAGAAGGAUGUGAACUUUAUCUCCACUCCAUUUGUGAAAACAGAAAGGAAAAAGGUUGGUCAAGUGUGUGAAUUCCAUUUCUUUUUUUUAGUGGUCUAUGAAAUAAUAAUAAAAAAAACGCAUACACGCUAAAAAAAACUUCUGGUUUAACGUCGUCUUUAUUUACCUGACCGGCCAAAUCAAAAUGACAUAAGCUAUGGAGAAACCCUUCAGCUAUUUGACCUUAAAAAGAUUUGGAGUUAUGGGAGGGUGAGCAAUGUCUACAUAGACAUAGUAAUUAUCUAGA